GGGGCCGCGGGCAGCGCUGGGAUGCGGGACCGGCCCGCGCCCGGCGCCGAGCGCUCGCCGCCGCCGUGAGCGCCGCCGAACAUGUUCCUGGCAGGCGAGGCCAGGGGAGAUGCAGUGAGGCGCGGGGCACUUUUCCAACAGCUCCUCCGCCGGGAGAGCCAGUGGCACGGCGCGGCGCCGCAGCCCGCCGCUCUCCCCGGCUCCCUGGAGGAGAAGCAGCCCGGGCGCCAUGCAGCGAGGCAGGGUGCGGGCGGCGCUGGCGGCGCUGCUGGCGCUGCUCUGCGCGGCGCUGCUCCCGCUCCGCCCGGAGGCCGCCAGGGCGCCCAAGCAGCGGCCGGCGCGGACCCGGAGCUGCGGCGAGCGGCCCGAGGAGCUGCUGGAGCAGCUGUACGGGCGGCUGGCGGCGGGCAUGCUCAGCGCCUUCCACCACACCCUGCAGCCCGAGCCGCCGGGCCGCCAGCACAACGCCAGCUGCCCCGCCGGGGCACGGCCGCCCGCAGACAAGAGGGUCCGGCUCCCCGUCAACCUGCGCAGCGCAUCGCCCUGGGCAUACAGAAUUUCCUAUGAUCCCACGAGAUACCCUAAGUACAUUCCCGAAGCCUACUGCCUGUGCAAAGGCUGCCUGAUGGGGAUCUUUGGCGAGGAGAGCUUGCACUUCCGCAGCACCCCGGUGUUCAUGCCCACCGUCAUCCUGCGCCGCACGCCCGCCUGCGCCGGGGGCCGCUACGUCUACACCGAGGAUUACAUCACCAUCCCUGUGGGCUGCACCUGCGUCCCCGAGCAGGAAAAGGAGGCAGAGAGCGUCAAUUCCAGCAUAGAUAAGCAAGAAGUGAAGUUGCUGGUGGGCCAGAACAAGCCCUCAUCGGAAUGAAGAAUGUAUUAAAAGUCAUGUUUUAGUACUGGCCUCAAAUCAUCAUCUCACCACCUCAGGAAACUGCAGCGCCGCAACAAACACACUCAGUCAUCCUCUUUUUCUGCUUACAGUUAUUUCAGAUAUAAGAUGGAAAGUCCAGUCACUCAGUUCAUUAGAGAUGGCAAUUAAUUCUAUUUCUUUUGCUCAUGUAAACUUGUUUAGUUCAUUAUUGCAAACUACAAAGUAGCCUUUUCUUUUUUCCUUAGAACAGAACAUUUUAUCUUUGCUUAUUCACAGUAAAUUUUAGAAGAUGAUGCAACUGUAAGACAUGGUAGCUAUUACUAUAGCAGGCUACUGGUUGAAGAUAUUUUUAAGGAAUCUCUUAUAUUCUACUUUAAGUACCCUUAUAUAAAAAUCACUCAGCUGCUGUACAUGUGACAAAUCAGCAGUUAAAAGGACAAUUUCUCUGCCUGGGAGAGCGUCCCUUUAUACUGCAUAAACUCCAAGCUUUGCUUCUGAGCUGUUGCCUCUUUGGCUAAUUUAUACACUACAGAAAGGAAACCUUUGCUGAGGUGGAGUCAUUCAUGAAGCAAUACUCUAUGUGCUGGCUAUUUUUAAACUUGCCAAAUUGCUAAAGGUACAAAGGUGUUGAGAAAAAACAUGCUAGAAUAUUGUAAAAAUGCAGUGGUCUUUCUUGAUGCGGACUAUGUCUAAUUACACAGAAAUUAUCAAUUAGGAUAAACACAGUUUGGGUCCCAAGAAUUCUGUAUUCUAUUUCAUCCAUCACUGACUGCUUAACUUCCUUGCGAUAAAACUGUGUUCCAUGCAGCUGAAAGGCCAAAACAUUUUUCAUUUUAGGAGAGGAGAUUCCCCAUUAAAAAGAAAGUACCAAGGAUCAGCUUCACCUCAGGUGCGCUGCAGGUGAGUAAGCAGGUCUUAGGUCUUAACUUCCAGAUCCUACAAGAGGUCAUUGAGUUGAGUCCCAGCCAAUCCAAUCUUAUUAAAUCCAACUGAUUUUUACAAUUCCUGUUACUCAUUUCUCCUUAUGCUACAUGUAACAGACGAUCACCUGCAAAAGCUGACCGGGCAGCCUUCCAUCUGUGCAGCCUAAUGCUGAUGGAACUUGAUGGCAGGCCCUCACCAGAAACCCUGCGUACACAAAAACUUGCAUUUCCAGAACAAGAGACUGAAAUUGACUCAGCCUAGUGAAUGAGAAUCAGGAACGUCCAGGCAUGCCUUGCACAAAUGUAAUUCCUCAGAGAGCCACACUCACCAAAACAGAUAAACCUCUGAAUGCACAGCAGAGAAUCUCUUUUACAGAUGAAAGAUCAUGACUGCAAUAUCUUUACAGAAUAAACUUCAUAUACAGCAAUGUAUUUGCUAUAUCAUGAAUCUCUAAAUUUGCCUUAAUUCAUAGCAGAGAAAGCCCCAUCUCUACAUAAACAACUCUUCUUUGGAGUGUUGCUGCAUGAAGAAUGGAAAGACUGUGAGCUAAUCACAAUUAGCCAGUUGAAGACAGAAUGAAAAUCAUAUCACAACUCCGUGUCUUGGUGCAUAAUUAUUGAUUGUGCUCUCUCUGACUCAGUCUAGCAUAACAGUAUUUUUACAGUGCAACCUGUGAAACCUCUUAGAAAGCCUAAAAUAACUUUAAGAACUCCAGAAAUGAAUAAAGAUUCCCAUCACAUUGUCA